AUGGCUUCUUCUACCAAAAUCUCUUGUAUUGUUGCUUUUGUGAUUAGUGCAGCAAUACUGCUCUCAGCAGCAUCUGUUGUGGAGUCGAGACCACUCUCCAAUCCAUCGGCAUUGAGCCUUGCAGUGAGGUUGAAGCUGAACAGUGGCAACUGUUGGGAGUCACUGAUGCAGCUCCAAGCAUGUAGUGGUGAAAUUAUAGCUUUUUUUCUGAAUGGUGAGACUUACAUAGGCAAUGGUUGUUGCCAUGCAAUUAAGGUAAUUGGACAUGACUGUUGGCCCAACAUUGUUGCCUCUCUAGGCUUCACCACUCAAGAGACUGACAUGUUGGAGGGCUAUUGUGAUGAGACAGCUGCUCAUUCACCACCACCACCAUAUAUAGUUGAGCCUAAUACAGAGAUUGUUCCAUAA